AUGAGUUCGUACACAAAUAAUGGAAACGAGGUUUCCAUCAAAUUCGCGAAGUUUUGGGUUAAUUACGUUUGUGAUUUAUUCCGAACAAAAUUCAAUUUGCUCUUUUUGGAUUCCAACGCAUCAAUCGAACACAUGUCGGCAGUUGCCGAAUGGACGAAAUCACUUAUUUCUGAAUGCUGGUUCUGUCAUAUCGCUGGUGAUGACGCAAAAAGUGAAAGUAUCACACGAUUUUUCGAGAUAACGAAUUUCCCCAUUCGUUUUCUAAUAUUUGAUCUUAAACACGAAUAUGAAAUUGCUCCAAUUAAUUGUGGCGUUUUGAAUGUGGAAGAAGUUCGGAUCUUCACUAAAACCUCAAAAAACCCCGUCAAUUGGUUUACAGUCGAGCAAAUGAUGAGAACAAACUGUUCCAAAAUGAUACUUGGAGCUUGCACUUUCGAUGAAAACGAUUUGAAUCAAUUCAUAAAAGGAUGGAUAAACGGAAAUAAUUCCAAGAUGGAGCUGUUCAUUACAGUUGUAAAAACCAUCGACUUCGCGUUAGUGUUCGAUGGAAUCGAGGUUGACGUGAGAGAUCCCAUGUUGGUACGCCCCUUUUACUCUUCAAUGUUGACUCACCCAUUAGAGUUCUUAAUCGUAGGAGGGUUAGAUAUUCGGAGGAAUGAUGGUACUGUAGCUUCAAUCCAACCAGGUGCUGAGUUUGCGGGGCCACGAGUCAUGAACUAUUUCACGAUGGUCGUAUGGCCACAGGGAAAACCCGACGAACUUGUCGCCAAAAAGACAGAAGACGUUCACAAAAACGGAGCCGAGUGGUACAAAAAGGCGGUUCAAGUCGUCAACGACCCGGCUCGAGUCGAUAAACCAAUAGUGGAUAGCGAUGCGUACGGGAAGAAUUAA